AUGGAGGAGCCCCUGGGACAAACGGGGCCGGGCUUGCAGGCGUUUCAUGGUCUGGGACUUUACCUGCAGGCAGCCCACCCGGCCCUUCCCUGCGGGGACGGUGCUCGCUGUUCCGCUCCCCCCCCCGCGCAUCCCGGCCGGGGCAGGGCGGGCCGGUGCCCGGGGCGGUGCCGGUGCCCGGGGCGGUGGGGGCGGGCCCCGGGACUGGGUGAGGCGGAGCCGUCGGGCAGCGCGGCAGGUGCCCAUGGGAGCCCGGGGGAGGCUGAGGGCCGGUGGAUGCCCAUGGCUUUCAGCCCGGGGCUGCUGGUGGUGGCCGGUUCCUUCGCCGCCUUCCGCCUGCUGAACCGGGAGCUGGAGCGGUUGGUGCCGCCGCCGCCCUCGGCCCGGCGCAACCGCUGGAAGUGGCGCAACAUCUGGACGUCGCUGGCGCACAGCGUGCUCAGCGGCGGCGGGGCGCUGGCCGGGUUCUGCCUCCACCCUGGGCUGUCUGAGGACCUGGUGGGCAUGCACCCGCCCGGGGCACACAGCCUGGUCGCCGUAUCUGUAGGUUAUUUCCUUGAAGACUUUGUGGACAUGUUGUGCAAUCAGAAACUUCACCAGUCCUGGGAGCUGCUCUUCCAUCACUCCGUGGUGAUUAUCUGCUUUGGUAUAGCAGUGCUGCUCCAUCAGUACGUCGGGUUUGCCCUCGUGGCUUUACUGGUGGAGAUUAACUCCAUCUUCCUCCAUCUGCGGCAGAUCCUGCUCAUGGCCAACCUGGUGCACACCACCUGCUACCGCCUCAACAGCAUCAUCAACCUGGGCACCUACGUGGUGUUUCGCAUCGCCACGCUGGCCUGGAUGACUCGCUGGCUCUUCCUCAAUCGGGAGAACGUGCCCCCAGCAACGUAUGCUGUAGGCAUGGUGGGCAUGGCAAUCAUGACGCCCAUGAACAUCAUCCUCUUCUACCGCCUGCUGCGUAGUGACUUCUUCAAGUCCAGCCGGGAUGUGCAGCAGGAGAAAGAGCAAUAGC